AUGUGUAUGGUGACAGCUUUGGUAUUGAACAAGAAGUACAAUUUUUCGAGAAUCAUUUUUCACUACAUGAAAGAUAACAUUACAUCGGGUAGUAAAAGUUGGAUGUAUCCGAGAUUUGUACAAAUGAUGCUUGAUCAUGCCUAUCCGAAUCUGGUGAAAGACGAACAGAAUGAUCUCUUGGUGUUACAUCAUAUGGAUAAUGAAACGUUGAUCAGAUUAUCAAAGUAUACCAAGAGUUGGCCAGAACCGAAGACGAAGACAGAGUUUUUCGGAUUCAUCAAAGAUGAGAAAUAUGAAGAUCUAGAUCCGGUGAAUUAUUUGAAGUGGAGAAAUGAUGUUGAGAUGAAAGAAAAGAGUGCAAUCGAUGAAUUGACGAAGUUAGAAGAGUUCGUUGAAACUCGUAAUGAUUGGUACACCAAAGAAGUAAAAGAAAAGAAGAGAGGUGGAAAUAGAACUCCGAAAGUUCAAGAAGAAGAAGGUUCGUCUUCUCAACCUCAAAAGAAGCGUAAAAAGAAAGCUGUUGAAACUUUGCUGGUGGAUGAACCUAAAGAAGAUGAAACAGAAGCUGACGUUGAAGAAGAUCAUGAACGUCUAUCUCCUGAAACUGAACAGUUAUUGAAAGAUAUUGAUGAUAUGUUAGAAUCUUGGAAAUCGGCAAGUAAGAAAGUGGUUGAUGAUGAAGAAAAGAGUUUAUCUGGUUCAGAGGAUGAUGUUGAUGCUGAAGUUGAUCAGUGGAUUAAAGAAAAUUUCGAUCCAAGAGAAAGAGAGGUUCAAAAGAAAAGAAAGAGGAGUACGGACGAUGAUGAUGAAACUUAUGUUCCUCCAGAGAAUGUAGAAGUUGGGAAAUCACCAUCAUCAGGCGGCCGAAAGAAAUCUACGUCAAGAAAGCGUGUUACAACUCCAGCAACACGAAAGUUAAUAUUCAGGCUGAAAACUAAACCUGCAUCAGAACCACAACAACCACCAUCACCACCACCACAACAACCAUUAUCUGAUCCUAUACAAUCAUCACCACAACAUCCUAUUUCAUCACCCAUUCAUGAACAAUCUCAUAUAACUUCACCUCACAUUCAACAAACACCACCAAUCCCACAACAACCUGUUGAUACUACUCCUGGAUCAUCUGGUUUUACAAAUUUUCCACCUAUUCCAGAGAAUAUAGCUCUUGAACAGCUUGAUGAUUUUAGUUUUGUAAAUGAUGAUCUUGUGAAAAAAGCUGCAAAAGAAGCUGAUCAAGUUGAUAUUGAUAUUCUGAAAGUUCGGAUUGCUGUUUUGGAAGAAGAAAAGGCUCGAAGAGAUGAGCAGAACGAAUAUUUCAAGUUGAAAAAUAAAGAAUUGGAAGCAAAGAACGCUAAGAAAGAACAUGAAGAUUACAUGUUAAAGAAAGUGAUUGAAGACUUGAUUGGUAAGUCGAUCGAACAAAGAUUUGAAGAGAUACAACUUGAGGAAUUAAGAGCAAAACGUAAAGCUGAAAUUGAAGCUGAAAUGAAAAAUAAGGGUAAAAGUGCUCAAGUUGAAGGUGCUAUUGAAGUAACUGAAAGGGCAAUUGUUCCAUCAACAGUUCCUGAAACGUCUAUUCUAGAACCUUGUCCGAUAACUUCAGUACAUGGUGAUGAAGAUGAAGACAAUGAUGAAGAAGAUGAAGAUGAUAAUCUAAAGGAUGAUGCAGAUGAAGUGUAUUCAGUUCAUAGUGAUGAUGAUGAUGACAAUAAUGAUGAUGAUGAUGAUCAAGGUACUUCGGGUAUCAAAGUAACUGAAGCGUCAAAUGAAAAGAAUAUUGAUGAUUAUCUUCAAGAAAAUGAAAAUGAAGAGCCUGAAAAUGCAAGUAGAGAGGGGGAGCAGGGUAAUGCUGAAAAAGAUGAUGAAAUUGUUGAUAAGAGUACAAGGUUGAUUCUACGUCUUGAACACGAUGUAGAAGAAGGCGAGAUCUUGCAUACUUAUACUCGAGCUGAGAUCGUAAAAAUGAUGGUUAUUGAUGACAGUAAAUUCAACUUUGAUUUUGAAGAAGAGUUGAACAAGUUUGACAUCAAUCAACAACCAGAAUAUCAGUACAAGUAUGUUGAAGAUGCAGAUAAUUAUGAAAAAGUGGAAAUUGAAGACUGUAGUGAUGAAGAUCAGUCUGAGAACGUAAUGUUGAUACUUCUAGCUUUCCGACACUUGUUGAGUUGUUUAGUCAAGCUAACGAAGAUGAACUGA